AUGAAGUUCUUCUCAAACAUAUUUAAGAAGAAUAAGGAUAGACAGCAUUUGGAUGAUGCAGAUGCUAAUGAUGAGUUGGUGGACAGUGAACAAAAGGUGAUCGUGCCAUCGAGGAAGUCAAAACGUAACUCGGUCGGAAGUAUCUCGCCAACUGGUUCAUCAUCACCUAGGAGCGGCAAGAAGAAUAAUGACGGCAAUUGUGAGCCUCUGACAGAGGAGGAAGACCCAGUGCCCACUAUAAUAUGUAUCAGUAACCUAAAGGGACUGCAAAAGUACGAUAGGAAGUGGCUGACACAGAGCGGCAUUAAGGACGAGGUGAUCAACGACAACUUCCCCAUCGUGGUCCAUGUGCUCAAUUUCUUGCGCCGCAAGGACUUUAUUUACUACAAGUAUGUUGAGCAGCCUGAACAGAUCGCGCAGCUCAAGGAGAUGGUUAAGGACCAGGUGCCAUCAGUGGUGGUCACAUCGAGCGCCUCAUCACAAAACUCGCCCAACUACUCAUCUUCGGAUGAGGAGGAUGAGGCUGGAGGUGGCCGCGCCAAGAACAAUCUGUCCAUACCACGCAAUGCUGCCGGAAGCCAAUCGCCAGGCGUCAUCGUUACGUCGGCCAACACAAACUCUGGAGGACCAUCAUCAUUCUCAUUCAUCUACACGGAGAACACGCGCCGCAUCGACUCUGGCCGCAUAUUCAUGUCGCCAGGUGUCUUCUUCAAGUUCCCCGAGGAGCUGGAGACCGCCACCGAGCGCAUCCUCAACGAGGGCAAUCCAAAGGAGCAAUACAAGAACCUGGACUUUGAAGCGCGCGGCGGCUUUGGAAGUGUCUACGCCGCCAAGAACAAGAAUCCACACUGUGCCAACGACAAACAGAUGGUGGCACUCAAGAAGAUGCCACACAGGACGUUGAAGCAGAAGCGCAUGAACCUGACCGAGAUCAGCUUCAUGAAGUACUGUCGCCACCCAAACAUCGCCGACUUUAUCUGCAGCUACCAGCGCAACGACGAGCUCUGGAUGAUCAUGGAGUUCCUGGAGGGUGGCACUCUGAGCGACGCCAUCCACAACUUCACAUUCUGCGAGUCCAAGAUUGCGUAUGUGGCGCGCGAGAUACUGCGCGGCAUCCACUACCUGCACGCCAAUAACAUCUGCCACCGCGACCUCAAGAGCUCAAACAUCAUGAUCAGCUUGAAGGGUGACAUCAAGAUCAUCGACUUUGGUCUGGCCAUUGACUUUAGCAUCGAGAAGGAGGACAUACACAUGUGUGGCUCGCCCUACUGGAUGCCGCCAGAGCAGAUCCAUGGCAGGCCGCAUUCCUUCUCCGCCGACAUCUGGAGCUUUGGUGUGUGUGUCGUCGAGAUGCUGAAGCGCCGUCUGCCCAACCACAACUCGCGUCUAAAGUCCAUGGUGACGACGGCCACCGAGGGCCUGGUGCUGAGUCGCGAGGAGCACGCAGAGUGGUCCGACGAGGUCUACGAUUUUGUCCACCGAUGCAUCCAGUUCGAUCCGCAGCAGCGCGCCACGGCCGAACAGCUGCUGGAACACCCCUUCCUCACCAAGGCCUGCGAUCUGAAGGAUAUCAAGGAGAUCCUUCCAGCGCUCUUCAUGUCCAACACGUUGUCCAAGCAAGGGCUGUUCUAG